CACAUCCACCGGCGCUUCUUUCCAGGCGGAGUGGUAGGCGGAGUGGCUUCUUUCCAGCUGGCAGUACUGCGGAGGGACAUCAGAUCAUAAAACAGGCUGCAGUGCGGCUUCUUAGUUUUGCCGGCUUUUAUCGCAACUACCAAGAGCAGCGCACGAGACCGGCAUCCCCGCGAAAUGACCUCGCCGUCGAAUUUCAUUUGACCAUUUAGUUUGUUUGCAUUUAAUAUUUACAAAGUUGUGCAGGUUCGUUUAACUUAAAUGCUGCAACGAGUAACUUAUUUUAUACCUUGACGUGAAAGAAUACGCGCUUUAGGUGCCUCAGCCAAGGCUGUCACUCUCUCCAUCACUCUCAUAUUACCUGAAGAGGACGGACUGACUGCGCAAUCAUGGGGUAUGGACGAUCGGAUAGCUACCGCGUGGCCACCACGCAAGAUAAAGAUGAGAAAAGUUCUCCAAAGAAGAAAAAGGGAGUAAAAGAUCUUGAUGAGCUGAAGAAAGAAGUUCCCCUGACGGAACACAAGAUGUCAGUUGAGGAAGUAUGCCGGAAAUUCCAGACAGACAUUGUUCAGGGUUUAACUAAUGCAAAGGCCAGAGAAUAUCUGUUGCGAGACGGGCCAAAUGCUCUGACCCCUCCACCCACAACACCCGAGUGGAUUAAAUUCUGUCGUCAACUGUUCGGUGGUUUCUCCAUCUUGCUGUGGACUGGAGCCAUUCUCUGCUUCCUGGCCUAUGCUAUUCAGGCUGCCACCGAAGACGAGCCGGCUGGAGAUAAUUUGUAUCUGGGAAUCGUGCUGUCUGCUGUGGUCAUCAUUACUGGCUGCUUCUCCUACUUCCAGGAGGCAAAGAGCUCCAAGAUUAUGGAGUCCUUUAAAAACAUGGUGCCACAGCAAGCGUUAGUGAUCCGUGAAGGAGAGAAGAUGCAGAUCAACGCUGAGGAAGUGGUAGGCGGCGACCUGGUGGAGGUCAAAGGUGGAGACCGAAUCCCAGCUGACCUCAGAAUCGUCUCUUCUCAUGGCUGCAAGGUGGAUAACUCCUCCCUCACCGGCGAAUCAGAACCUCAGACGAGAUCACCUGACUGCACUCAUGACAACCCUCUGGAAACCCGCAACAUCGCUUUCUUCUCCACUAACUGUGUGGAAGGCACUGCUCGUGGUAUUGUGGUCUGCACUGGUGACCGCACCGUGAUGGGCCGCAUUGCUACGCUGACCUCAGGACUGGAGACAGGGAAAACACCCAUCGCCAAGGAGAUUGAGCACUUCAUUCACAUCAUCACAGGCGUGGCUGUCUUCCUGGGACUGUCUUUCUUCGUUCUGUCAAUCAUUUUGGGAUACUCCUGGCUGGAGGCUGUCAUUUUCCUCAUCGGAAUCAUCGUCGCUAAUGUGCCUGAGGGUCUGCUGGCUACUGUCACUGUGUGUCUCACUCUGACGGCUAAGCGUAUGGCUAAGAAGAACUGCCUGGUUAAGAAUCUUGAAGCUGUAGAGACACUAGGAUCCACCUCAACUAUCUGCUCGGACAAGACUGGAACAUUGACCCAGAAUCGAAUGACCGUCGCACACAUGUGGUUCGACAACCAGAUCCAUGAAGCCGAUACCACUGAAGAUCAGUCUGGUGCUUCUUUCGACAAGAGCUCCGUGACAUGGGUGUCUCUGGCCCGUAUUGCAGCACUGUGUAACAGGGCUCAGUUUAAGGCAGGACAAGAUACUUUGCCCAUCCUAAAGAGGGACGUGGCGGGUGAUGCUUCUGAGUCUGCCUUGCUUAAGUGUAUCGAGCUGUCCUGUGGCUCAGUCAGGAUGAUGAGAGAUAGGAACAAGAAAGUAGCCGAAAUCCCAUUCAACUCUACCAACAAAUAUCAGCUGUCCAUCCAUGAGACAGAAGACCCCAACGAUAACCGCUACCUGUUGGUGAUGAAGGGGGCACCAGAGCGCAUCCUAGAUCGUUGUUCCACCAUAAUGCUGCAGGGUAAAGAGCAGCCCAUGGAUGAGGAGUUGAAGGAGGCCUUCCAAAAUGCCUACCUGGAGCUUGGAGGACUUGGGGAGAGAGUGCUGGGAUUCUGCCAUGUCUUAAUGCCCGAGGACCAGUACCCAAAAGGCUUUGCCUUUGAUGCAGAUGAUGUGAAUUUCCAGACAGACAAUCUUUGCUUUGUGGGACUGAUGUCAAUGAUUGACCCGCCCCGCGCUGCCGUGCCCGAUGCUGUGGGAAAGUGCCGUUCUGCGGGAAUCAAGGUCAUCAUGGUGACAGGAGAUCACCCCAUCACUGCCAAGGCCAUCGCCAAGGGUGUGGGCAUCAUCUCAGAGGGUAAUGAGACUGUGGAAGACAUCGCUGCCCGUCUCAACAUCCCCGUCAGUCAGGUCAAUCCCAGGGAUGCCAAAGCUUGUGUGAUUCAUGGAACAGAUCUGAAGGACUAUUCUCAGGAGCAAAUAGAUGAUGUUCUGCGGAACCACACUGAGAUUGUGUUUGCCAGGACGUCUCCUCAACAAAAACUCAUCAUUGUAGAGGGUUGCCAGCGACAGGGGGCCAUUGUGGCUGUAACAGGCGAUGGUGUGAAUGAUUCUCCAGCCCUGAAAAAGGCUGAUAUUGGUGUCGCUAUGGGCAUUUCAGGGUCUGAUGUGUCUAAACAGGCCGCUGACAUGAUUCUGCUAGAUGACAACUUUGCCUCAAUUGUUACUGGAGUAGAAGAAGGCCGACUCAUCUUUGAUAAUUUGAAGAAAUCCAUUGCGUACACCCUGACCAGUAACAUCCCUGAGAUCACCCCCUUCCUUUUCUUCAUUAUCGUCAAUAUCCCUCUGCCACUGGGCACCAUCACCAUCCUCUGUAUCGACCUGGGAACUGACAUGGUACCUGCUAUUUCUCUAGCUUAUGAGGCUGCUGAGAGUGACAUCAUGAAGAGGCAGCCCAGGAACCCUCAGAGAGACAAACUUGUAAAUGAGCGUCUCAUCAGCAUUGCUUACGGACAAAUUGGUAUGAUCCAGGCUUUGGGUGGUUUCUUCAGCUACUUUGUGAUUUUGGCUGAGAAUGGCUUCCUGCCCUCAUUGCUGGUGGGUAUCAGGCUCAACUGGGACGACCGCUCACUAAAUGACCUGGAGGACAGUUACGGACAGCAGUGGACAUACGAGCAGAGGAAGAUUGUUGAGUUCACAUGUCACACAGCGUUCUUUGUCAGUAUUGUGGUUGUACAAUGGGCUGAUGUCAUCAUCUGCAAGACCAGACGCAACUCAGUAUUCCAGCAGGGCAUGAAGAAUAAGAUACUGAUCUUUGGGCUGUUUGAAGAAACAGCUCUCGCUGCAUUCCUCUCAUACUGCCCGGGCAUGGAUGUGGCCCUCAGGAUGUACCCGCUCAAGCCGAGCUGGUGGUUCUGUGCUUUCCCAUACAGUUUCUUAAUCUUUGUGUAUGACGAGGUGCGAAAGCUGCUCCUGCGCCGGAACCCCGGAGGAUGGGUGGAAAGGGAGACAUACUAUUGAUCAACAAAUCUUCUUUACUCACAUUCCUACAUCUUCCAUUUUGUUCUACUACUUCUUCUCCCAACCAAGACGCACAACCAUCCUCUCCCGCCCUCCUUUCAAAGAGACAGCAGCUUCAAGCCAGUAGCACGUCUCCCCCCCCCAAAGAGGAAACCACAAAGCACCUUCCAGACUCUCGACCCCCCAUUUCCUAUAAUACUCUUUGCAUGUAUUUUCACACGGCUGUGUACAUAAAGUCUACUAUAUAACUAAAAAUGGCAGCUGCAUAAUCAUUAUGUAGAUUCGAAAGGAGCUUUUGAUGCUAAAAAGGGAGUAUGUACGCUCGCCUAUUAAAAAGGCCGUCCCUCCUCCAACCCUUUACAUCCAUGCCUUUUCCCUCGACCUGUCCUCCAGUCACACACGGAUACACAGAUCACACAAAACCUUGUUGGAUCCCAAUGCACACACUAGACUCCAUUUAACAUAGUAACUUUCACUAUUUUGUUAAUACUUUUGCUUCUUAGGACAUUUCAUGUUCUUUAAUCUCUAACAAAGGUGGUUCGGUGGCUUUUUGAAUUUUUAUGUCUAUUUUUUAUUUUCUACUUUAGUUUGAUUGACGUUAGCAUCCUCUCUCUCUCUCUCUCUCUCAUUGAUGUUCGCUCUUUGUCUUUGUUUGUGUGCUUGUUUGACCGCUACAAUAACCCCAAAUGUUUCAAUACACUCUCGAACUCUGUGUUUUAGGGAAAAUGUAAACAAUACCACAAUUGAUUAAGCAAAUGAAGACAAAUCUUGGAAGAUAGAAACACUGAAAAACAGAAAAAUUAUUCUCUUGUGUGUUUUAACUCAUAUGACUGUAACACACAGGAAGCAAGUCAGAUUCCUAUCAGGUUUUGCACAGAAAACUAGUAUGAUGUUGAACAGCAUCUCUGGAAUAAAAUCCACUGCCGUCACGGACCUAAACACACCAGGUUUUAUUGUUUCCCAGUUAAAUUUGCUGUACAUUAACUGGUGAAGGUAGAUUUCAGUUUAUCUGUCAUAUCAACUUAAACCAUUUGUUCUCCGAAUAUACCUCACUUGAGAAACAAAUUUACUCUAAACUUAAAACUUUAUUGUCUAAAUCAUUUCUGGACCAAUCAAUUGAGCCUGGUGUGUGCGGGUUCCACCGCUGGUUUAUCAGGAGAUGCCAUCUGUAUGAAGCAGUAUUGUGGUCUGUAUGUGCGUGAGUGUCUGCGCGUGUGUGUGUGUAUGUGUGUGUGUGUGUGUGAUGAGGGACAACGAGUGUGCUGCUGCAGUCGGCCAUUGGCUGUUCAUAUGACAGACGUGUGGAUGUUGAGACUAAAGACAGAAAGACAAAACUACUGGUAGAAUCAUGUAUAUGAAAGGUCAAAUCCAAUAAAACAUCUAGUACAUUUAAUACUA